AUGAGCUCAUUUGGGGGCAAAUCAGCUCCUGAUGGAAGGGACCCUAACAACCGCAUGUUCACUGUGGAGGGAUGUCCGGGUGGAGAGUCUCCGGUAACCCCCAGGAAAAGGCUUCACUCGGCGGAGGACGCGCGGUGCAGCAGCCGGCCUCCCCCCGAAGGAGCCGGCUCGGUUUCCAUCUCCGAAUCGGAGGAGAAGGGAGGCUUUUGCCAACAAUGUCAACAGAAAGUCACAGAGCUGAAGAAGCAAGCUCUAGCCCUGGCAGACCAAAAUUCACUGAAGGACCCUGGAUAUGCAUCCUUCCUGUUCGAGCAGCUCCAAAGACCCGGGAGCCAUGAAGCUGUCAGCUGUUGCCAGGUGUGCUCCACCCCUCUCCACCAACUGAAGCAGGAGGCCUUGCAGACGCUCCACGCUCCCACCCUCACCCUCAGCUCAGACAUGGCAGCGCGUCCAACUAAAUCCUUUUUACCACAGCCUGCUAGAUACACUGUGUCCUCCAGUGUCCAUGCUAAACAGCUGUCUAAAGGACAACCAGCUGCCCACUCUGUCCUGCCCUUGGGGGAGCGGCACAGGGUACCAGGCUGGUCGCAGAGCCCCUCCGUCACCUCAGGGCCGAAGACAAGUGUCCAGGUGACGGUGGCAGGAGGGCAGAUCAGUGGAUCCGUGGGCUCCGUCACCAUUCAGGCACAGCAGUACCUCGAGGGCGUGUGGAGCGUCUCCAGGGUCAACAACUACGUCCCUCAGCCUAAACCGGCUCAGGGUUUGAUGAGGGAAGCAGACAGGGAUGUCUCAGCCGCGGAGGCCUCUGAUUCCACCAUGACCACCAGCAGCAGCAGCACCUUGACUUCCUGCCGGCUGAGGAACUCCAGCCAACCGGGACUCCCAGCAACCGUCACCGGACCCUCCCCCUCUGCUUCCUCCUCUGCAGCAGCCUCCUUCUUCAUUAGGGCAGCUCAGAAGCUGAACCUGUCCUCUAAGCGGAAGAAGCACCAGCCCUCACUGCUCCACCCGCAGGAGCCCUCCAUUUACCCCACCAACUUCAGCGGCAUCCUGCAGGUCUCGCCGCCCGCUGCCCCGCCAUGCCUGCUCCGAGCCGUGUCCAAAGUGAAAGAGAACCCAGGGAUGGGAAAGGUGAAAGUGAUGAUGCGUAUCUGUCCGUCCCUGGAGACUGCAGACUCCUCAGAGUCUCAGUCCUUCUUGAAAGUGGACAGCAGGAAGAAGCAGCUCACCCUCUACGACCCUGCGUCCAGCCCACACUCCAGCUCAGGACACAGGAGAUCUGCCACUGUGGCCGUCCCAAAGAUAUUUGCCUUCGAUGCCGUUUUUACCCAGGAUGCCUCACAAGCUGAGGUGUGUUCAGGGACAGUAGCCGAGGUCAUCCAGUCUGUGGUGAACGGUGCAGACGGUUGCAUCUUCUGCUUCGGCCAAGUCAAGCUCGGCAAGACAUACACCAUGAUUGGCAAAGACAGCUCCACUCAGAGCCUAGGCAUUGUGCCCUGUGCCAUUUCCUGGCUCUUCAAGCUCAUCAAUGAGCGCAAGGAGAAGACGGGCACCCGCUUCUCCGUUCGAGUGUCUGCUGUGGAAAUCUUUGGGAAAGAUGAGGAGCUGAAGGACUUGCUGUCUGACGUGUCCAGCGGCAGCCUGCAGGAGGGCCAGUCCCCUGGCAUCAGUCUGAGAGAGGAUCCAAUCUGUGGCACUCAACUCCAGAAUCAGAGUGAGCUUCGUGCCCCGACGGCUGAGAAAGCCGCCCUCUUCCUUGAUGCGGCCAUCUCCGCACGCAGCACCAGCAGACCCAGCGUUGAGGAGGACGAGCGAAGGAACUCCCACAUGCUGUUCACUCUGCACAUUUACCAGUACCGCAUGGAGAAGAGUGGCAAGGGAGGAAUGUCAGGCGGACGGAGCAGGCUGCACCUCAUCGACCUGGGAAGCUGUGAAAAGGUCCUUAGUAAAAGCAGAGACGGAGGGGGAGGCUUGUGUCUUUCUCUCAACGCAUUAGGAAAUGUCAUCAUGGCUUUGGCAAAUGGAGCAAAACAUGUACCUUACAGGGACAGCAAACUGACAAUGCUGUUGAGGGAGUCCCUUGGCAACAUUAACUGCAGAACCACCAUGAUCGCCCACAUCUCUGAAUCCCCCGCCAACUAUGCUGACUCACUCACCACUAUCCAGCUGGCAUCCCGCAUCCACCGCAUGAGGAAGAAAAAAACAAAGUAUGCAUCCAGUUCAUCUGGAGGGGACAGUUCCUGUGAGGAGGGGAGGAUCCGCCGGCCGCCCCACCUCAGGCCGUUCCACCCUCGGACCGUGGCACUGGACCCAGACCUGCCCUCCAUGCUCAGUGACCCCGACUACUCCUCCAGUAGUGAACAGUCUUGUGAUACCGUCAUCUAUGUGGGCCCUGGUGGAUCUGCCCUCUCGGACAGGGAGCUUAGUGACAACGAAGGCCCACCUGCCUUUGUUCCAAUCAUCCCCUCCCUGAACAGAAGGAGGUGUACAAAAGAGGGCUCUAUGGACCAGUUCUUUAAAUGCAACACAUUUGCUGAGCUGCAGGAGAGGCUAGAGUGUAUAGACGGCAGUGAACAACCCACUGCCUUUGUUGGAGAGGUCAAGCGAGGCCCGGCUAGCCCCAAGACCGACAUCUCUAAGGAGAGCGAAGGUUCUGCUUCCCCAAAUACUGCAGCAAAUAGUUCUCACACUCAAGAGGGCGACUCCGAAAACCAAUCCCCUAAAUCUGGUGCCACAAAUCCGCCCUGCAGUCCCACUACAACAUCUAAACUAGACAAUGCAAUGGCGCAAUGCACACCUGCAGAAGAGGUACCUUCAGACAGUGUCCAAAAUGUGUGCAGAACAAGCGCUGAUGGUGAGAAAGCCUUUGUUUCAGAAAACAUAGUUAGCGCGAAUAAACUAACAACUGCUUCUGGGACUGACUCUGAGCCUGUGGUGAGAGAGAAGGUGUACUUCAACAAAAAAGCUUUGCCCAAGCCCGCCCCACCACCAUCACAGCAGAGAGACCCCAGCAAGGAAAACACUGGCACUGUGGGAAGAUCCAGCACCAGAAUGCCUCCUGUAGGAAUGAGCCACCAGGCUGUAAAAAGGCGGGAUCCUUACACUUCCUCUCUGCUCAGAUCUCCUGUGGAAGUGUGCCAGGUGCGCUCUACCUUUAGGGAAAGAUGUCUAGAUCGGGACAUCCUGAGAGCCACUGUGACCUUGCAGCAGCCUGUGGAGCUGAAUGGAGAGGAUGAGCUGGUGUUCACCGUGGUGGAGGAACUGUCAAUAGGUAGUCUUGUAGAUAGAGAUCGGCCAUCCAGCAUUAUCAGCUUUAACAGUGACUGCUCCCUUCAGGCCCUAGCUUCUGGUUCACGACCUGUCAGCAUCAUCAGCAGCAUCAAUGAUGAAUUUGACGCCUACACAUCGUCCAUGGGAGGAUCAGAGGUGAACAUUGCAGUGGUCACACCCCUCCAGGAGGGAGCGUGUAUAGAUAGCAGGGGUUCAUCUAUCAGCUCUUGGCUGAGUGAGGUUAGUGUCUGCACCUUGGAAAGUGAAGGGGCUCAUUCAUCGGACGUCUUCCUUCCACAGGCCAAACACAUGGGGCCAGAGGCCGCCUUUUACUUUGAUUCCCUGGAUAUGUUUCAUUGUGUCUCUUCUCCUAGAGAUCCCAAGAACUCCCUCAAUGACAGUGGGUUUAGUUUUUCAGAACAUGAUAGCGAUAGUGCUGCCUCAAGCAAACUAUCUUUGACAAAAUGCCCCCCAUCUCCGGAAUCAGCCAAAGGCUCCCUCGGAUACACAUCUAAAAUAACUAAAGCUCACUCGCUUAGCUCGUCCCAACUUCCCCAGGGCCCCUCCAUAGUCCACUCUAGUCUUCCCAGGAAGAUUAAACCUACCUCAUCCAUCUCUCAUAGUAGUAGCAGCAGAGAGCCACCAAGGCAAGAGGCUAAGCAGGAGGAUCCUUGGCAGCGCGUUGACAAUCACUCAGAUCCUCUUCCCGACUCCAGCAGCACCAGCAAAUUUCUCCGAAAUCCCCCCAGUGGUAUCCCCACCAGCAAGACAACACACAACAGCAACACUGUACCUCGCCCACCCAAGGUGCAGGGGCCUACCUCGUCCCAGAGGGUGGUCGAUGGCUGUGAGAAGUCAGCCAGCAAGAAUCUACCCAGCAAAAUGCCUCAGCUGAGACGAGGUGCCACCACCUUGGGAACAGUGCCCGUGAUUCAUUCUUCCGCAGACUACAAGGGAUCUCAAGAUAUUAUUGCAUCGACCACAAGCCUUAAAUACUCCUCCCUGGGGAAAAACAACAAGGCCAUUUCACAGAAAGCGAGCAAUCUCCCUAAACCUGGUUGCAUCUCACCUCCCCCUCCUCCAGUGAGAAAGUCUAGUCUUGACCACAAGACUAAGAUCCUGCUGCCCCAAAGUGCCUUAAAGUCAGCAUAUGGGGAAGCAGGACGGGCUUCUGGAGCAAGGACAGCUGUAUCAGAGGAUGAGCUUGAGGUACGCCACAGAGCAGACUCUACCAGUUUCAAAACCUCCAGUCUCAACAUAGCCAAAGUUACCUCCAGCCUGAAGGCCAGAGGGCCUAGAGGAGCGGCUGGGCAGCAUUAUGGCAGUCAAAUGUCCCUGGAAAGAUGUGAAAGCCUGUCCUUAUCUGGUUCCAGACCGACGCUUAGUAGGGAGAAUAGUGGGACAAGCCUGGGGAGCGGCAGUAGCAAAUCCAGCAGAUCCAUUCCUAGAUUUGGAAUUCCUAAUUCAUCCAGCUCUCCAAUAGCUACCUGCCCAUCAUCGCCAAGUGGAGGAAGUAUUAGCAAAACAGGUCAGGUUAAAGCUUCUGUGAAUCCCAGGUCAUUAGGAACCCUUAAUAGUAGUAAGGCACGCUCACUGUCAGUCAACAGCUCCAAGGGCCUUAGCUCCUCCACCAAAUCUUUGGCCGCCCCUGUGACCAGAAAUACCAAUGCUAACCUCCCUCCAUCAGGACGGACAUCAGCUCCUCGAACCAACACUGCUACUGUCAGCACUAAGCCUGGGAGAGGAACUAUCAUGGGCACAAAGCAGGCCAUGAGAGCUGCCAACAGCCGUGUGAGCGAACUCGCAACAGGCAACAUAUCAGGCAAACACAUAAGAGGAGCAGGAGAUUCAGACAGCGGGAAUGACAGCGGUGUGAAUGUGAAUGAGGACAAAUCCCCGAUAGCCAUCCUGCCCUCCCCAUACAGCAAAAUCACAGCACCCAGGCGGCCUCAACGCUACAGCAGCGGCCAUGGCAGCGACAACAGUAGUGUGUUGAGCGGGGAGCUGCCUCCGGCUAUGGGCCGCACAGCUCUGUUCUACCACAGUGGUGGCAGCAGCGGAUAUGAGAGCAUGAUCCGUGACAGCGAGGCCACAGGGAGCGCUUCCUCUGCCCACGACUCCAUGAGCGAGAGUGGCGUGUCGUCUUCAGGCAGAACAAGGAGCUCCAAGUUUCCCAAGAAGAGAGCAAAUGGCUUCCAGAGAAGACGACUUAUCCCGGCAACCCUGCCAGAAACCAAUUCCCUGGGGAAGAAGGUGGCCACAGCCGGGCAGUGGGUGGACUUGCCCCCUAUGUCGGGACCUCUGAAGGAGCCUUUUGAGAUCAAGGUGUAUGAGAUCGAUGAUGUGGAGCGGCUACAGAGGCGGCGUCAGGAGGAAACUGCAGAGCAACCAUUCCAGGAUGUUGACAAGGGCCUGCUGUAUUUUAACAAUAAGCUGAAAAUGUUAGAGAGAAGGCAACAGCAAGUGAGAGAACUGAGGGCAAAGUAUGAGGUGUUAAUGGAGGAGCUAGAAGACACCAAGGCCCGACUGAUGAUGGACCCCAGCAAGUGGAUGGGAGAGUUUGACGUGGACCAGGCUUUGGAUAAAGAGUCUCCGGAGUACCAUGAGGCCUUGGCACAGGCCACAGAGGAGCUGGAGUUCUGUGUCAAUCUAUGCAAGUCCCGUGUCAUGAUGGUGACCUGCUUUGACAUCAGCAUGCCAAAAACUGGUGCUCAGGAUGGACUGCGUGAAGUCGAAGUGUGAGGACAAAAGAAAGUCGAGCUGGAGAAAUGAGGAAGUGAGAAAACAAAGGAUGGUAAAAUGUAGCAGUCAGUGAUUAGAUAUCACUGGAAUGAAGAACAACAAGUGACAGAGAUGAGAUGAGAGUGGAUCUUCGCAUUAACAGAGGAAAUCUUAAACACCUAGCUACAGUGCCUCGUUGCCUAAAGACAUAUUUAAAUGGCAGAGAUAUCAAACGUGAGCACAAAUGCUGUUGCUUGUAUUGCAAGGCAGUGGCCAUCACUUACUCAAGAGUCAAUGAACAACACCUGGAAGUGCCUUUUGUAUUGUUUUGUUUUUGAGUUAUUCUUUUUCAUAUGGUGCAGGUAUCCUUAAGCAUACCUGAGCUAACCCUGAACAUAUUGCUUUUAAGAAAAAUAUUUUAUAUUGCAUUGUAUAGUGUAUUUAUAUGAUUAUGUGGUGUGUACAAAUAUCCUUUUAAGGGAAAAAUAAAGAGGAAAAAAGAAAAAGCAAUAAGCUAAUGUUAUUGCGCUCCCAGACUUUGCCUUUUCUCUUGUUUCAAACCUCAGUCAGCAUUUUAUUCAUGUUUAUUCAGCCUCUUGCGCCUUAUGUUAACUCUCUGGUUCUGUAGUUUUUUAGAUUUUCAUACUGGACUACGUUUUCUCAUCAAGGACUGCAUUUGCUGUUGUCGCUCAUAGCCUGCCAGCUGGCCUGUGAAAGCUAGCAGGGUUGAGUGAAUGUUUUCCCUCCAGUUGCCUUGAUCAAAAUGGGUCUCAGUGGAUGUACUAAGGUAGAACAGCAGUUAUAUUGGGGAGCUGGAAGGCUUAUAAAAGCUGUGCUUGCCUGUGUUUAUCUCACUGAAAAUGAGACAUUACGCCAAAACAUAUCAAUCAGAGGGCCACUGUAAUGGAUAGGGAGGUAUUAUUCUUGAUUCAGCCAUUCUCUCUGGUGCCUCAAUGCAACAUGUGGUCAAGCAACCCUUGGAGACCUUCCCUACACCAGCCUACGAGCAGGAGGAUAGCAUGAUGAAUGGGUACACUGAUAGCAGUGAACCCAAUUUCUCUCUAAAUAGGCUUGGGGUGGGUGAUAUCUAUACACUGUAAAACAAAGCAGCACACAUGAGACAGCACAAGUCUACUGGCCUAUUAUACAAUACUUUUUCAAGCGCUACCAAGCCUCGGCUCUAUGCAUUCCAAUACAUUUACUGCAACUACUGUAAGAACCUCAAUGCUGACUUAAGUGCAGCAACACAUUUUGGCAUCUUUUAUCCCUAGUUAUUUUUCUUAUUUUAAAUAGUACAAUUAACUAGGUUGAUGCAGUUUCUCAAGAACUUUUUGUUUACCAUGAGUUGAUGCAGUGAAUAAGAGCAAAUGAUCGGGACAUUUUGUUUAGAAAAUCAAUCAUGAUAUCAGCUCUUUGUAGCUGCCAGAAUGUGUUUGUAAUGAUUCAAACGGCUGACGCAAAGAAAACAAAGAUGAUCGGUGAAAAUGAUUGUUGUGAAAAACAAACUGGCUUUGUUGAAUUUUGGUAUGUUUGAUUUCUAUAUUUCUGUUGCAAAUAUAACUUUGUUUUCUUUCUUUAAAAAAUAUGUACUCUCUCAGGCCCUUUCUGAAGAUGCUGCAUGAGAUUUUUUUAUCAUUUUUAAGAAUGAUUUCUACUCCAUUUUUUACCAUUCUAAUUUUUUACAAUAACUUCAAUUUUCACUAAUGUGGGGUAAGACUCAUAAACUAAAAAAAUAUAACCAAACCAAGACCUUUUUUUCCAAGAAAUUAUUAUAUGUGGGGUCAUAUUUCAUAUCAAAACUCAUAUUUUCGAAUAUCUUUCUUUUUGUAUAGGAUUUUCCAACCCUGUGUAUAAAUGUAUGAUAUGGCAGCUUGUGUUUUACUUUUACAGUUCCUGUGAAUAAAAUGUUUCUUCUUACUGAC